AUAGGGUCCCUCAAGGGAGGGGGAGGAUCCUGGGGGUCCUGGGGUGCCAUAAGCCCGGCACCCCGUCUCUAGCUUCUAUCCACCCAGUUCAUCUUCUAGAACGGCCCGAAGGAAGGAUAUACCAGGGAAGUGAGCAGGAAGAGCGGCGGCGUACGGGUGGCAAGAGCGAGAAAAAGUUUUUGCAAAGGGAAAAAAAAAAGUUUGCGCUUCUCGCGGGUGGUCCCGGCUCGCGGCCCGGCGGGCUGGGCCGGCGGGAGGGCUGGGGGCCAGGUUGGGGGGGUGGGGUGGCACUGAAGCUGCGCUGUAGUGGCCCUGUGACCCCCCCCUCCCCGCCACACACCUCUCCCUCCAGCCCAGUUUCCAGCCCUGGACCACGCAUCCCGAGCCCUGCGCCCCGACGGAGGUCUCUUUGUCCGCGCCUCUCCCACAUAUUAGAAAUCUUUCCCUUUCUUGAGGUUGGGAUGAAGAGGCAGUUGGGACGGCCAGCUGGAGGUCUGCGUGGUAGAGGGAACUCCAGACUGGGAGACGUUCAGCUCUGAAGCGGUAUUCCCUCCCACACACAGUUCUCUGUCUGAGACGACAGAUCAUUUGUGUUCUCUUCUGGCCCCACCAGUCAAUCUGGAUUGAAGCGAGGUCUCCCUCUACUGGACACUGGAGAGAUUGCAUAUGAGCUCUUGGGCAUUGCAUAUGAGCUCUUGGGCAUGAGGCGGCAGCCCUGGGCAUGAAGUCAGACCUUCCGUGUGUUCCACCACCACACACCUCAAAGCUGGCUCAUGGCCAGAACAAGAAACGGUAGAGGGAAAAGAAAAAAGAAAAGCAAGUAGAGAGAGCUCAUGGCAUUAAAAUCACCCAGGACUUGCGUUGGAUCAAUUAGUUCCUAACAUUCCUGGGUGCAUACAGAGACUGUGGCGCUCCUACCCAAUUCCCCCAAAAGAUCAAGACUGACCAGCUGCUUCGGCCCACUAUCUGGGAUGUUUCUUCUUAAAGCAGCUGAGAAACGUUAUUGAUUUCCAUAACCAGUUUCUGAGAUGGGGGUUAGAGGCACAAGGGACAUGCUGGCUAGGGAUCUGUGCCUGAAUUGUCAUUUAUCUUCUCUGUUUCUCUCCAUCUUUAUAACUGGCGGGUCUACAUUCCUUUCUUCAGGGCCCCUCAUCCUUCGUUGAGAUACCAUGUUCAAUCCAAUGACUCCGCCGCAAGUCAAUAGCUAUGGUGAGCCAUGCUGUCUCCGACCCCUCCCCAGCCAAGGGGUCCCCAGCAUGGGAACAGAAGGACUUUCUGGUCUGCCCUUUUGCCACCAAGCCAACUUUAUGUCAGGGUCCCAGGGUUAUGGGUCAGCCAGAGAGACCAGCAGCUGCACUGAAGGGUCUCUCUUUCCUCCCCCUCGGAGUUCAGUCAAAUUGACAAAGAAGCGGGCUCUCUCCAUCUCGCCCCUCUCUGACGCCAGCCUCGACCUGCAAACUGUCAUCCGUACCUCACCCAGCUCCCUCGUGGCUUUCAUCAACUCUCGCUGUACAUCUCCGGGCGGCUCCUAUGGCCAUCUCUCCAUUGGCACCAUGAGCCCUUCUUUAGGAUUCCCACCUCAGAUGAGUCACCAAAAAGGAACUUCACCUCCCUAUGGAGUCCAGCCCUGUGUUCCACAUGACUCUACUCGGGGUUCAAUGAUGCUUCACCCCCAGUCCAGGGGACCACGUGCAACCUGCCAGCUGAAGUCAGAGCUGGACAUGAUGGUUGGCAAGUGCCCGGAGGAGCCUUUGGAAGGGGACAUGUCUAGCCCCAACUCCACAGGCACACAGGAUCACCUGCUGGGGAUGCUGGAUGGGCGGGAGGAUCUGGAGAGAGAGGAGAAACCAGAGCCUGAGUCUGUGUACGAGACAGACUGCCGCUGGGAUGGUUGCAGCCAGGAGUUCGAUUCCCAGGAGCAGCUGGUGCACCAUAUCAACAGUGAGCAUAUUCACGGGGAGCGGAAGGAAUUCGUGUGCCAUUGGGGAGGUUGCUCUAGGGAGCUGAGACCCUUCAAGGCCCAGUACAUGCUGGUGGUGCACAUGCGCAGACACACGGGCGAGAAGCCACACAAGUGCACGUUUGAAGGCUGUCGGAAAUCCUAUUCACGCCUUGAAAACCUGAAGACGCACCUUAGGUCGCACACAGGUGAGAAGCCUUAUAUGUGUGAGCAAGAAGGUUGCAGCAAGGCCUUCAGCAAUGCCAGUGACCGCGCCAAGCACCAGAACCGGACCCACUCCAAUGAGAAGCCAUACGUGUGCAAGCUCCCCGGCUGCACCAAGCGCUACACAGAUCCCAGCUCGCUCCGCAAACAUGUGAAGACAGUGCACGGUCCGGAUGCCCACGUGACCAAGAGGCAUCGAGGGGAUGGCCCCUUGCCACGGGCACAGUCCCUCUCCACAGUGGAGCCCAAGCGGGAAAGGGAAGGAGGAUCCGGCAGGGAAGAGAGCAGACUGACUGUGCCCGAGGGCGCCAUGCCACAGCAGAGCCCUGGAGCACAGUCCUCUUGCAGCAGCGACCACUCCCCAGCAGGCAGCGCGGCCAACACGGACAGUGGCGUGGAGAUGGCCGGCAACGCCGGGGGCAGCACUGAGGACUUGUCCAGCUUGGAUGAAGGACCUUGUGUUGCGGCCACCGGACUCUCCACCCUUCGCCGCCUGGAGAACCUCAGGCUGGAUCAGCUGCAUCAGCUCCGGCCAAUAGGGUCUCGGGGUCUCAAACUGCCCAGCUUAACCCACGCUGGCGCACCCGUGUCCCGCCGUCUAGGCCCCCCAGUCUCCCUUGACCGCCGCAGCUGCAGCUCCAGCAGCAUGAGCUCUGCUUACACAGUCAGCCGCCGGUCCUCCCUGGCAUCCCCUUUCCCGCCGGGAUCCCCACCAGAGAAUGGGGCAUCGUCACUACCUGGCCUCACACCUGCCCAGCACUACAUGCUCCGUGCCAGAUAUGCGUCAGCCAGGGGGAGUGGCACCCCGCCCACUGCAGCGCACAGCCUGGAUCGAAUGGGAGGUCUUCCUGUACCUUCUUGGAGAAGCCGAGCCGAGUACCCGGGAUACAACCCCAAUGCAGGGGUCACCCGGAGGGCCAGUGACCCAGCCCGGGCUGCGGACCACCCACCUCCAGCCAGAGUCCAACGGUUCAAGAGCUUGGGAUGUGUCCACACGCCCCCUAGUGUGGCAUCGGGACGGAACUUCGAUCCCCACCUCCCUACCUCUGUCUAUUCACCACAGCCCCCCAGCAUCACGGAAAAUGUUGCCAUGGAUACUAGGGGCCUACAGGAGGGGCCAGAGGUUGGAACUUCCAUGAUGGGUAAUGGUCUGAACCCAUACAUGGACUUUUCCUCUGUUGAUACUCUGGGAUAUGGGGGGCCCGAGGGGACGGCGGCUGAGCCUUAUGGAGCUAGGGGUCCAGGUUCCCUGCCUCUUGGGCCUGGUCCACCAACCAACUACGGCCCUGGCCACUGUGCCCAGCAGGUCUCCUAUCCUGAUCCCACCCCAGAAACAUGGGGUGAGUUUCCUUCCCAUACUGGGGUGUACCCUGGCACUAAGCCAGGUGCGGCCUAUAGCCAGUGUCCUCGACUUGAGCAUUAUGGACAAGUGCAGGUAAAGCCAGAACAAGGGUGUCCAGUUGGGUCUGACUCCGCUGGAUUGGCACCCUGCCUCAAUGCCCACCCCAGUGAAGGGUCCCCAGGCCCGCAGCCUCUGUUUCCACAUCACCCCCAGCUCCCUCCGCCCCAGUAUCCCCAGUCAGGUCCCUAUCCUCAGCCUCCUCAUGAUUAUCUCUCAUCAGAACCCAGGCCUGGCCUCAAUUUCAACCCCUCCUCUCAUUCCACGGGCCAGCUCAAAGCUCAGCUUGUAUGUAAUUACGUUCAGUCGCAGCAGGAAUUGUUGUGGGAGGGAAGAAGCCGGGGAGGGCAUCCUAACCAGGAACUCCCGUAUCAGAGCCCCAAGUUUCUGGGGGGUUCCCAAGUUAGUCAGAGCCCUGCCAAGGCCCCAGCAGCAGCAGCAGCAGCUGAUUCUGGCUUUGUACCUGCUUUGGCCAAUCACAAAUCAGGCUCCUAUCCUGCCCCUUCACCGUGCCAUGAACCUUUCGCCAUGGGAGUAAACAGGCCUUCCCAUAGGCCAGCAGCACCGCCCCGGCUUCUGCCCCCGCUACCCCCCUGCUAUGGACCCCUUAAGGUGGGGGACACCAACCCCAGCUGUGGCCAUCCUGAAGUGGGCAGGUUAGGAGCAGGCCCUGCCUUGUACCCUCCCCCUGAAGGGCAGGUGUGUAACCCUCUGGACUCUCUUGACCUGGACAACACUCAGCUGGACUUUGUGGCUAUCCUAGAUGAGGCCCAGGGCCUGAGCCCUGCUCUUUCCCAUGACCAAGGGGACGGCUCUAAAAAUACCCCAUCUCCCUCUGGGCCCCCCAACAUGGCAGUGGGUAACAUGAGUGUCUUACUGGGGUCUCUGCCUGGAGAGACACAAUUCCUCAACUCUAGUGCCUAAAGGAUAAGGAACCCCAACCAGAUCAUGUUUCCUCAAUGGCUACGUGAGGUGCCAGGGAUGGGAGGUUUGGCUGGGGGCUGUAUUUAGUCUAUGUAUGUUCCAGGAAAACAAACUUUAAUAAUGACACAUUUCCUGACAAUAAAGGAAUGCUGAGAACAAG